GAUUCACGUCGUGUUUCGAACCCGCAGGACACAGGUACGCGUUCGACUGGCGCGUUGUGCCCGUUUGGCUGGCGUACGCAGCGCUGGACGCGUUCAUCAUGUACUACAACUACCUGGAAGCUUCCGGUUACGUUGGCGCGUCGUUCCGGAAGUGUUUCGAGGAGUCUUACUGCUUCGCCGUCAUCGAGCUGGCCAACCGGAACCUGGGGCCGUUCUCAGCGCUGGCGUGCACCAUGUUCUACGGGCGCCGGCACAAGGCGGCCGCGCUGGCCGGCACCGAGCGCGUGUUGGCGUUCAUCCGGGACACGGACCGGGACGCGGCCACGAAACACAGCUCGGCCCCGCUAUUGUCACCGGCCGUCAAGUACUACUCGGCCGCGUUGAUGGCCGCGUACACUGCGUGCUUGUGGCUGUACACGGCGGCCGUGCCGGUGACCGUCAUCUUUCCGUAUUGCGUCAACGCGCUGGGCCAGACGGCCGUCUACAACCUGGUCACGUUUCAGUACAACGUGCUGGGCAAUGGUUACGCGCGCAUCGAUCGGCUGCUAGAGAAGUCCGUGGACGCGGGGGGCCAUCGCCGCCGCCGGCCACUGGCCGCGCGCGUGGCUCGGCUGGCCCGAGCGUCCGACGACUUUGGCCGGCAGGUGGGCCACCUCAACCGGGCGUACGCGAUGACUCUGUUGCUCAAGUGGCCGUACAGCGUGGUCCGCAUCACCAUGGUCGUGUUCCGCAUCAUCGAGCUGUCGGCCACCGUGCAGGAUGGCCGUCCGUUCGCCCGCGUGGCCGUCGUGCUGAUCGUCGAACACGUGGGCGAGAUACUCCUGUUCCUGGUGCAACUGUCGUAUUUCUGCUACACUGGCGCCCGUUUGUCCGGCCAGGCACGUGUUUUGCACUUGUAUAACGACAAUAACUAGUGGCUGAGAUUGUAACACCCUAAAAAAUCUCAACAAAUUACUAAAAAACACUCAAAAAAUGCAUUAUAGAAAUUAAUGCAAUUAUGAAAAAUAUAAACAAGUGUAUUUUGAAUUUUUUAAAUAAGUAGUAUCAUGAAUUUACAAAACAUAUGUACAGAUAACUAGAUCUCAUCGACUUGUUUCACCGUACACUUCAUCUAGACUCGUUAUCUAGGUUUUGACAUUUAAACUGGGUAUAAGUUCUUGUUGUCCAAGAAUAUAAUACAAAUUACGAGCACCUACCUUAUAAUCUGUUAUAUUUAUAUUAAAAUUAAAAAUCAUUUCGUAGUGUAAGAAUCUUAAAAUAGAAUUUCAAAUUCAUAUUUUUUCUCAAGAAUUCAAAAAAUUCUCCAACAACUGUGAAAUGUCCUAAAAAUUUAAGAAAAUUGACAAAAAUAUACGAAAUAAACUUUCUUAUUUGCAUUCAAAAAUAUGUGAAACACGUUGUUUAGUAAUGCGAAAUGCAUCGGAAUCCUAGUCCUAAAAAUAACAUAGUAGUUAUUAUUUUUCGUUAUUUUAUGUACUUUUGAUUUUGAAGAUUUACAAUAGUACUGCCUAUUAUUUACAAGGAAACAUAGUGAGGUAUAAUAAGAACGUUGCAACAAAUUUUUUUUAUCUUCUGGCUUUACUAUCGUAUGUGGUAAUGUAUCUACGGAAUGACGCUAUAGUGCACUAUAUCCGUGAGACAAGAGAAAUAGGUAACUUAUUAGUAUCUAUAAUGAUCAGUCAUCUCUGAACUUGUGUCAUAGACCACAUUAUAGUAUAAUGUGCUUAAAUGUGUCGUUCGAUACGUCAAAAAUGUGUACAAAAUUAAAUUAUGAAUAAUGAUCAUGGCUAGAAGGUACAUAAAAAAAUGCAAAAUUCUUAAAAAGACAUUGUUAAUUUAAUAUCAGUAAAUAUGGGGUUGUGUUGUUUAAGAUAACUUCCUGUCGUAAUAAUAUUUAAAAAUGGGUUAUACUAAUUACAAAAUUAUAUUAUCGCCUACAGGCGAACAGGACUGCAGCGAGUUUACAAAAAUUUAAACUCCACCAUGGAUCCCAUCUGGACUUGGAAGUUAAAAAAACGGUCGAAAUAUUUUGGAUACAGAUAAAUGCUAGAAAAAUACAUUCAACAAUUGGUGGAUUUGUUAUUGUUAAUAUGGACCUAAUGAAAGCUAUGUGUGGUAUCAUUGCAACAUAUUUUCUAGUUCUGAUUCAAUUCAAAAGUCAAAAAGGCAAAUCCAAACCAUUGUACCUCAUCUGGAAUUAGGUCAAUUAUUUAUUACCUAUAUAUAUUAUUUGUAGCUAUAAUAUGGCAAACUGUAUCAUUACAUAUAUGAAAAAUCAACAACUUGUGUUAUGUAUUCAGAAUUUAUGAAAUAUACAUACAACUGAAAACACAAACUCCUUAUAGCAUUAAAUAAUAUAAUAAUAAGUUUUCAAAUGUAUUUUUUUUUUAAAACAAUAAAUUGGUAAGUAAAAUAUUAAUGCAUGUAAAGUAACUUAAG